AAAAAAAAAAACAAAAAAAACAAAAAAAAACCAGUUAAUAGAAAGAAUGCAUUACGUUAUCGCCUGCCUACCUUUUAAAUUAUCAACAUAUGCCUAAACAAUUACACGUACAAACGCCAUAUGCCAUACGCGAAACUUGCUCUAAUGUGGUGUAAUUGCUAAACAUAUUGUUAAAAAGUCUUCUUUCGGUAUAUAUAUAUAUAUAUAUAUAUAUAUAUAGUUUCUUCUUCGGUUCUCAAAGCUAAAUGUAACUCGCGAGCAGCUUCAAUCAUACGUUGCAUGUGAAAAAAUAUUAAUUUUUUUUUAUAAUAUCAGUAACAACAACAACAACAACAACGACUACCAAUUAUUUGGAACGUUUUUUCGGAUUCUUCUUAUCACUCAUACUACAUACUAGCGUCAUCACACGGCCGAAAUAUUUAAAUCGAUUAAUAUGGAAUUUUAUUCGGAUGUGAUCUUAAAGCAAACAAUUUAAAACGAUUUUAGCUCCUCCUUAAUGGAAAUUAAGAAAAAAUCUUCUUAAAAAACUAAAAUCUAAAUAAUUAAAAUUUGAAAAAUAUUUAAAAAAAAAUUAAAAAAUAUUUUGAAACAAAAACUUUCUUGAAAAAAAAAUUAUUUUCAUGAAGCUGCAUGCUAUGUCAUCGUACUCGUCAAGAUUGCUGUUAAAAUCAAAAUUUACAACAAUAACAAUAAUAAUAGCUACCUUAGUGCAAAUAUGAGAACACGUUUAACAACAUUGUGCAAUAGUGUACAUCGAGGCAUAAAAAGUUAUUUUCCUAAAUGUCCACUUUUCUCCUCUUACUUCAAUUACGGUGAUCUUCUUACUUAUCACUCAUAAGUUUCAUUUCUGUUCUUUAAAACGUCAUUGCCGGGAAAAAAAAAGACGUAAGAAGUUUGACGAAAACCAUAUACAAAUAUAGUGUUUUUUGUUGUGAUUUUGUCGAGAUAAAAGAGAAGGAGAAAACAAAUAAAAAAAAAGAAAAAAAAAAAAAAAGAGGAAAACAACGAAGUUAAGAAGUAAAAUAGAAUAAAACACGCGUAAAGGCAGAAAUUGAUGAGGAGAGCAGAGCCGACUUUUUUUCAUCUGGAUGCCAUAACAACUGAAAACCAGUGAGUGUGUUUCACAUGCAUAAAUAAAUAUGUACAUACAUAUAUACAUAUAUGCUAUCGUAUAUGUUGUAAUUGCUAUAGUAACUACCUGCACACAAACGCUCACCAAUUGAUAGCUUUGUAAAACGCUAGUAAGAGUGAAACAAAAAAAAAAAGAAAAAAGUAAAAAGAAUAAGAAUAAGAGAGAAAAGAAGAAAAGAAAAUAAACGAAAGGACCAAGAGUUUAAAGAAAAAAAUGGCUGCCAUGGUUAAUAUGAGCAACCUGUUGAGUGGUAAAGAUUCGCGGUGGCUGCAAUUAGAAGUAUGCCGUGAAUUUCAAAGGAAUAAAUGUUCACGCCAAGAUACCGAAUGCAAGUUUGCUCAUCCGCCCGCUAAUGUUGAAGUUCAAAAUGGCAAAGUGACCGCCUGCUAUGACAGCAUUAAGGGUCGAUGUAAUCGUGAUAAACCGCCAUGCAAAUAUUUUCAUCCACCUCAACAUUUAAAAGAUCAAUUAUUGAUAAAUGGACGCAAUCAUCUUGCCUUGAAAAAUGCAUUAAUGCAACAAAUGGGAAUCGCAUCUGGGCAGCCAGUUCUAGCGGGUCAAGUGCCAACGGUGGCGGCAAACCCCUACUUGACUGGUAUACCGGCCAACACAUACAGUCCAUAUUUUGCACCUGGACAUUUAGUGCCUGCCUUAUUGGGUCCUGAUCCUGCUGCUGUGGCCUCGCAAUUAGGACCAGUAGUACCGCAAGCUGUCCAAGUUACCCAACAAAAAUUACCGCGUUCCGAUAGAUUAGAGGUUUGCCGUGAAUUUAUGCGCGGUGCUUGCAAGCGUGCCGAAUCAGAAUGUCGUUUUGCGCAUCCGCAGGAGAGCGUAGCAAGACACGACGACGGUUCCAUUACGGUGUGCAUGGACGCCGUAAAAGGUAGAUGCACUCGAGAUCCCUGCCGUUAUUUUCAUCCUCCAUUGCACCUACAGGCACAACUAAAAGCGGCUCAAUCACGCGCUACCGCUGUCGCUGCAGCCGCUGCGACUGCACCUGUUACCGUUUCCGCUGGUACUUUCAUACACCAUCAACAACAACAUCAACAUCAACAACAACAACAAUCAUCACCACCAUCAACGACGACGGGCACUGCUGCACUUACGACUACACAGCAAACGAAUACAGCGAAUACAGCAGCUCCCGCUGCAGUGGCCCAUGGCCAGCAGCACACUUUGGAACUGGGCAAGAAACGUGCCGCCGGUACCGACAUGUUUCAAUUGAUGGAUGUUAAAACUGUUGGUUCAUUUUACUAUGAAAAUUUCGCAUACUCGGGUAUGGUACCGAUUAAACGUCCUGCUGCUGAAAAAUAUGGCAAUCCUGUGUAUCCGGGCGCGACCACUUAUCAACAGUUGAUGCAAUUACAACAGCCAUUCGUUCCAAUCUCAUCUUCUAGCAAAAUACCGCCAAAUGCUUCUUAUGUUAUAUAUACCGAUGAAAAUGGUCAGUUACUGGACACCCUCCCGGUGUGCCAAGAUUUUAAUAGAUCUAUGUGCAGUCGGUUAAAUUGUAGAUUCGUUCAUUUGACUGAAGAUGAUAAAGUUGAAGUAUGUGAUCAACGUGUGGCUGUGUGUCGCGACCAUGCUAAUGGUCAGUGCAGACGUAAACAAUGUAAAUAUUAUCAUAUACCAAUCGUUCUGCCGCCCGCGAACGUUAUGGCAGCGCUAAUCAAUAGUAACACCAGCGGCAUCAGCAAUAAUAACAUUAACAAUAAUCUAAAUCAAGAACAACAACAACAACAACAAAAUAAUAAUAAUUAUAAGCAACAACAACAACAACAACAACAAAAGCUAGCAGGGUCAACAAUUGCCACCACAAACUAUAAUAAUAACUUGAUUAUUAUAGAACCACAACAUCAGCAUCCAGCUCAGCAAUCACAGCAACAGAUCCACAAUUUCGAUGCUGAAACCACUAUAGCUGGAGGCUACGGCACCUUAACUAACAAAAUAGCUUUAACAACAGCAUCGUCUAAAAUUUACAAUACUGCGCCACCACCACCACCACCAGCGGCAGCGGUGGCCUAUCAUCCUGUGCACUAUACAACUGCUGGUACACCGUAUCAUCAUCCUCAUCAUCAACUGCAACAUCAGCACCAUCAUUAUCAUAUAACUCCACCAUAUUCACCGUCAGCUGCAUCCACUACUUCAUCGAACUCAUCAGCCUGUCCCAAGCCAACAUCACCCAUAUUAUCUUCGACAACUACGCUUCCAACGAAUUCGACAGCUACAAAGCCCACCCCUAUAGCAGCGACGCACUAUGUGCCCACCACCACAUUUCUAAAAGCUUCGCCUGCCAUGACCAUUGCAAUUGCCACUCAGGCACCACUUUUAUUAGGCAACACUAACACGAACAGCGAGUACGGCUCUAAUUGCAUUCCGAUUAUAACAACACCGCCUGCAUUGACACCACUAACGCCGGUAACUCAGCAUCCAGCUUUUAUGUAUCCGGCAACACCGCAAACGCAGCAUUAAACAACCAAAAAAAAAAAAAAAAAUAAAACCAAAACAAAAUAAAA